UACGUUGAUCGAGUUGUGCACCGUAGGAGAAGUGUGCAACGUGUCAUUCCUAGGAUAAAGAGCUGGACGGCUGAACUGUUAAAAGAGAGAGAGGAAGAGGAAAUGAAAGAAGAUGAUUUCGGACUUGGACGAGUGGCAUCACAAUAUGAUGAGAAUGAACUUGGUAGUGCAAAAAUGUCAACAGGAAUGGAGCAUCCAACGGUUACUGAAGAUGAUGUUGAAGAUAGAGAUGGUUCGGAAGAAUCUGUGUAUAUGAGGGGUGUUUGGGGGGCAGUCAAACACAUUGGUGAUGGUUUCAAGCUGCUGGCAAAGGAAUUGAACCAAGCGCCUACAGAAAUAAGGAAAAUGGACAGCUUUAGAAUAACAUGUGACACCCUUAGGAGAGCAUUUAGGCUGGACGACAAAGACGUAGACCCUGUUGAGUCAAUGACGCAGACGCAAUCUGCCCAAUGUAGUUCAGCGGAAGACUGGUCAGCCUUGAAAUCUUUAUUGGACGCGGCUGAUGAAAUGGAUAUACUCGAAAAUAAGGACGAAUACCCAAGCUUCAGCCUUGGCUUUGAUUCCAGCCAGGAUGGUGACGCUUGUCACCGUGAUUCAGAACGUCGACAGGAGGACAAUCCAGCCAAUGCUGAAGAGGAUGAUGUUUCGGAGUACGAGCUUAGGGAGCCAGCCGACCUAUUUUUAAGUGGGGAUGAAGUUGUGUCCCAAGAAGGGGAAAGAGAGUCUGCUGCUGAAUUGGGAGGAGACGGUCUGGAUUUUGUCACUGGUAUUGACAUUGAGAGAGAGCCAAUGUCUGCUGCGAAAGUAGGGACAGUUGUGAAUGAGGAGAAUGCACUCGACGUGGCUAUGGCGAUAGCGCGUGAUGUUGAGUCGGAGCACGACGAAGCAGAUGUAGCCCUUUGUUCUGCUGUGGAAGCAAUAUAUGAGCUAGGUGAUGCUGCUUUCGAGACACAAAUUGUUACGGGGGGCGUUGACAAGGGUAAAUUACCUGUACGUGGAUAUGUAGAGAUUCAUCAUGAAGAGAGCACGUUUGCGGACAUACAACCUGCUCCAGCAAAGAAACUCAGAUUGCCUAAAGGUAGAAGAGGGGGAUCGAUGUCAACGCGCAUCAGCCCUUUAUGGACUAGAGAAGAGAGGGAUUGUUAUCAAUUCCUAAUUGCAACUCCCUACAUGUGGACGGAUUAUGUUGUCUACAAUGAUGAUAUGGUGGAACUUAAUAAAAAAAAAUUCAGCACGUUGAAGCCACAUGAAGCUGUUGAUGUUAUAGUUGUUGAUGCUUGGGCUGGGUAUCUGAAUCGCAUGGAAGAGCAAAAAUCAGUACAGAAUCCCAGGAGAUUGUUUGCCACAACAUCUCCCACGACAUUCAACGUGGUUGAAAGGAGAACUAGUUGGGUAGAUUCUGAAGCUGCAGAUUCAUUCUGUGAGGAGAUGGAUGGUCAAUUCAACAGCGAUGGAAACUUUGACUUCACAGAAUAUGAUUUGAUUUUUUUCCCAGUCUUUGCAAAUAGGCAGUACUAUUUGGUGUGCUUUUCUUUUAAGACUGGGCUUGCGGACGUGCUAGACAUUGUUGUGUCUGAGAACGGUAUUCCAGAUCUGACCAAAUAUGGGAGAGACUUGGGUCUACUUAGGAAUUUUCUGGGUAUUUAUCUCAAGUCGAAGGGACUGCACGCAAUGUCUGAAGUAAUAAUCAAUGAGCAAAGAACGCGCUUGCUAGACUUGCCCUGGAAGACAACCCAGACCACUAAUGACUCGGCAGUAUUCCUGAUGAGACACAUGGAGACCUACAAGGGUAACCCUGACAAUUUAAUGGCUAUUGGUCUUCAAGGAGCUAGUGUGAGGAUUCUGCAGAUUUUGAGAGGUAGGUAUUGCAAGAACAUGCUCCUUGCACCGUUCAACAUUGCCAAAGAAAGGUUCAUGUCCCUCAUGAGUAAUUACAUCAACGUGACUCCUAACUUCAGAACAGAUUAUGUGCGACAAGUGAAUAGCAUUUUGAACAAGGCUCCCAGCAACGAGCAACACAAUCAGCCUGCUCGGAAGAGAAGCAAGUUGAAAUGAGUUGAUGUGAUCUGUUUGUUAGCCGUUAAUGGUAGUUUUUGGAUAUUGAUAUUGGGAACUUUUAGCUUGAUUACCUGUCGUUUUGUUAAAUGAAUUAUCAACAUUAGGAAUUUGUUUCAAGUUAUGAAACUUGGUAUUGGUAUUC